UCGCGAACAGCUGAUUCGGAGCAGCUGUAGAAGACGGCGGGCGUGUGACGGAUCAAUUGUAUACAUCGCUGUCAAAGAAAUAAAUCUCACCGAGAAUAUAAUUUUCUCCUAGCACAUAUGUAUAAAUAAAUAUUGUUUUUAAAUUAUCAUGGCAUUUCUCGAGUGGAGACGCUUUAAUUUCUUUGACUUGAAAAAGGAGGUUGAUGCAGGAAAAAUCGCGGCCGCAUUCGGAGAUGCGCAAGUCGCUGCAGCUACCAGUGGCAAUGGCAAUCUCGUAUUUGGGGAUAAUACAGGCAAUGUACAUUUGAUAAACAGGGCAUAUGAGAUUACAACGUUUCGAGCUUAUGAAAUUACACUGGUGUUGGCUCAACAAGUUCAACAUUCUACUUUUCUAUUUACCAUUGGUGAAGAUGAGGCUGGAUGCAACCCUACUAUAAAAGUUUGGAACCUGGCAAAACCAGAUAAGCAAGGUAAUCCAACAUGUGUUCGGAUAAGCAGAGCUAUACCUAGUUAUCGAGCAGUUCCAGCGACAGCUCUUUGUGUCCAUACAAGUCUUACGUUGAUGGCGAUUGGAUUUGGAGAUGGUUCUAUUAUGCUGUAUAGAGGCGAUUUGACUCGAGAGAGGAAAAAUAAAAUAAAAGUCUUAAAAGAUGCUAAUCUGUCUAUUACUGGUCUGGCUUUAAGAGCGACUGGUAAACAGACGCAUUUGUUCGUUGCUACACAGAACAGUGUGUUUUUGUAUAAUAUUACUAUUAAGGACAAAGAAUUUAAAACUACUUUGGAUACGAUGGGCUGCGCGCGAAAAUGCAGCGUGCUUGCUGAAUCCAUGCAAGACAGUCAUUUUAUGAUCGGACGUAAUGACGCUAUUUAUUGUUACACACCAGAUGGUAGAGGUCCAUGCUAUGCAGUGGAAGGUCAAAAAAUAAUGCUAGAAUGGUUUAGAACAUAUUUAGUGAUAGUAGCGAAAGAAUCAGCAAACGUUCCGAGAACAACGACUAUAUCUGCCAAACCCAACACAAUAGAACCAAUACCGCCUGGUGUCGAUAAACAUAUUAUUACUGUGCUCGAUAUCCAAAACAAGUUUAUCGUUUUCUCUGCGCCUAUGGUGUCUGUCCAAGCAGUUCUAUCCGAGUGGGGUGGAUUUUUUAUACUUAGUGGAGAUAACAAGUUGUAUCAUUUGGAUGAGAAAGAUUUACAGUCGAAAUUAGCAUUACUUUUUAAAAAGAAUUUGUAUGAUGUUUCCAUAAGGUAUAUUAAAAAUCAGCAAUAUGAUGCGGAAGGUCUCAUAGAUUUUCGUCAAUAUGGAGAUCAUUUAUAUUCCAAAGGGGAUCAUAACGGCGCUAUAGAACAAUACAUAAAGACUAUUGGCAAGUUGGAACCAUCUUACGUGAUAAGAAAAUUCUUAGAUUCCCAACAUAUUGAUAAUUUGACGACGUACUUGCAAGCUUUGCAUAAAAAUGGACAAGCAACCGAAGAUCAUACUACUUUAUUGUUAAAUUGCUACACUAAACUAAAUCAUACCGAUAAGUUGAAAGAAUUUAUUAUGACAAAAGAUCGUGAAGUUGAUUUCGAUGUGGAAAUAGCGAUUAAAGUUUGUCGUCAAGCAUCGCCGGAGGACGCUUUAUUACUCGCACAGAAACAUGGUAAACACGAGUGGUAUCUUCGUAUCCAAAUCGAAGACAAACAUGAAUACAAAAAGGCAUUAGAAUACAUGGCAACUUUAGAAUUUGAAGAGGCGGAAGCUAACAUGAAGAAAUAUGGAAAUAUUUUAAUAGAAAAUGUGCCAAAUGAAUCUACACAGUUUUUAAAAGCCUUAUGCACAAAUUAUAAACCUUCUGACAAACCUCUUGUAGAUCAGGAAGCAUUAAAUGGCUAUACAGAGCAGCGUAUAGAUAAAGCUAAUCCAGAGGAUUUUAUUCAUCUAUUUCUAAAUAAUUCUGAGCGACUCGUGGAGUUCUUGGAGCAUUUAGUUAAAUCAGAUACAAGGUGGAGUACACUUGUUUACAAUACAUUAGUGGAACAUUAUUUACAUGUUUGGUCAGCUUUAGACAAUGAUGUAGCUAAAGUGCAAUAUGAACAGAAAAUUGUACGACUUUUGCAAAAUUCCGAAGCUCAUUAUGAUAAAGACCAAAUAUUAAUACUUUGUCAUCAGCAUAAUUUUAGGAAAGGAUUGCUUUUCCUCUAUGAAGAGAGCAAACUAUAUCAAGAAAUAUUAAGGUUUCAUUUACGCGAAGGCGACAGCGAACAAGUUCUCGCCACCUGCAAGAGAUUUGGUCAUCAGGAUCCUAACUUGUGGGUACAAGCCUUGUGGAGCGUAGCUAAAAACAAGGAUGCACCAACGAAACUCCUCGCGGAUAUAUUAGCAUAUAUCGCUCAAGAAAGACUGUUGUCUCCUUUAAUGGUUAUUGAUGCAAUUUCCACAUCACUGACCUGUACAUUGGGAGAUGUUAGAAGUUAUUUAUGCAGUGUAUUACGAACGGAAAACGAACAGACUCAAGCCGAUACGGAAUUAACACAGAAAUACAGAGCCGAUACUCUUAAAUUACGGGAACAAAUAGAGGCAAUAAAGAAUAACACAAUAAUCUUUCAAGGAUCACGAUGUAGCGCGUGCCAUCAUCAGCUAGAAUUACCAUCUGUGCACUUCAUGUGUCAACAUUCAUAUCAUCAACAUUGCUUUCAAAGCUUCUCGGAAAACGAAAACGAAUGUCCAGCGUGCUUACCAAACAACAAGAAGUUGCUAGAUAUUAUAAGAGCGCAAGAGCAAUCAAGAGACUUACACGAAACAUUCCACAGUCUUCUCGAUCGAGCGGAAGAUCCGUUUUCUUUAGUGGCCGAUUAUUUUGGUAGAGGUGUUUUCAAGAAAUUAACAGUAAUUACCGAUACAGACAAAUCAUUACCUACACCAACCAAGUUGGAGGAACCUAAAUUGAAUUAUGGUCCGGGCGCGGAAGCGAGAAUCCGAUUAAAUGAAGGAAAGAGCUCCAUCUCAGUAGGAAAAACGGAAUCUAGACGAGCGGGAUACGAUGUUCCCACAUUAAUAACGGAAGAGCGUUAUCGCAGUUUUGCAAAACCGGAUGUGUAUUCCUCGUCAUUGGAGGCGAAUAUAUCGGGAACAGGGAGCGGUUUAUCGACACCGCGAGGUAAUUCCGCUAAAGCUUCACCGGUGCCGAUCAGAGAAGCUCGUAUUUUGAAUAGUACCACACCAAAGUCAUCGCCGAUUGAGAAGUCCUUCAUUCCACCAAAAAAUCCUAUUGUGCCAUCAAACCCUUUCGAGACUGACGAUUACGACGAAUCUAAAAAUCCUUUCGCUAAUGACGACGACGACGAUGCAAAUAAUCCUUUUAAAGACGACGAUGAUAAUGAUAAUGACGCGGCUAAUGAUGAUGACGAUUAUAAUAAAAAUCUAAAUCCAUUUGGUAGGUAAACCACAAACUAGAUAUGUAUAUUAAUGUAAACGUGAAAGCAAAGAAAAUAUUGUCAAAUGCGUGCUUUAACAACAAGCAUUAUGCAAUGAAUUUACGAAUCUAAUCAUUAUAUGUAAACUUGUAGUAUAUAUUUCAAUUUUAUAUGCUGUAUAAAUAUCAUGUAUCAUUAAUAUUAUAGUUCCUUCACUUUCGCAAGUAAAAGACUUUAUAUGCUGUGCAGAUCUUUAUCCAUCUAUAAGAUAAGAUUUAAUAUUUAUCUGAGAAUUAGAAGACAAAAAUAUUUAAAAUAUGCUUUCUGUAUCUUUGCAUAUGAAAGAUAAUAAUUAAAUUAGACCAAUUUUUAAAUGCUGAAACUUGAGACAAAAGAAUCAUAAAAUAAAAAUUAAUC